UCAUUACUUGUUUACGAACCGUGGAGAUGGUCUGCAGUGUCUUGUACCAAGGUGAAUAUGUAACAAAACUGUGGAUGCUAGAUUAGAAGCUCUCUGAGUUCAAGGAUUUGUUUUCUUCCUUGCUAUAUACCCAGUCUUUGGAGCGAUGCUUAGAAUAUAGUUGACACUCAAACACUUGGAUGAACUGAUGGUGCGGUAACCCUGGGGCCUAAAUAUGCUGAACUACUCACCCCUAGGCGUAACUAAAACCUAUGUCGCAUAAUGAGUUUUUUUUUUUAAAUGUCACAAGAUCGGUGAUGUCCCCUGAUACCGAUUUUCUGGUUUAUUUUUUCUCCUCCCAGAUGGCAGAUGAUCAGAGCUGUAUCGUGGAGCAGGGAGCUGGGGAUUCAGCAGAUACAGAUGUGAUUGAUGCCAAGCCAGACCGGUCCUCAUUUGUCUCGUCAUUCUUCCUUAAGAAGAAAAAUGUCUCAGCACAGCCGAUCAAGAUAACCCGGGACCAAGCAAGUGUGCCCGCACAUCAGUAUAACAUGAAUUUCGAGAAGUUGGGCAAAUGUAUCAUAAUAAACAACAAGAACUUUGAUAAAAUGACAGGUAUGGACACCCGGAAUGGAACGGACAAAGAUGCUGAGGCCCUUUUCAAGUGCUUCAAAAGCCUGGGCUUUGAAGUGACCGUCUACAACGACUGCUCGUGUAGCAAGAUGCAGAACCUGCUUCAACAAGCUUCGGAAGAGGACCAUACAAAUUCAGCCUGCUUUGCCUGCAUCAUGUUAAGCCAUGGAGAAGAAAACUUAAUUUAUGGAACAGAUGGAAUGACACCCAUAAAGGAUUUGACAGCCUGCUUUAGGGGUGAUAGAUGCAAAACGCUUUUAGAGAAACCCAAACUCUUCUUCAUUCAGGCUUGCCGUGGGACAGAGUUGGAUGAUGGGAUCCAGGCCGACUCAGGGAGUGUCAGUGACACAGAUGCUAAUCCCCAGUACAAGAUUCCAGUUGAAGCUGAUUUCCUCUUCGCUUAUUCCACAGUUCCAGGCUAUUACUCUUGGAGGAACUCAGGAAGAGGCUCCUGGUUUGUGCAGGCCCUCUGCUCCGUCCUGAAUGAGCACGGGAAACACCUGGAGAUCAUGCAGAUCCUCACCAGAGUGAACUUCAUGGUGGCCAGGGACUUUGAAUCCCAGUCUAAUGUCCCACAGUUCCACAAGAAGAAGCAGAUCCCGUGUGUGGUCUCAAUGCUCACCAAGGAACUCUACUUCUGAAAAAUAACCAUCCCGUGGGUGUGCUCUCGCCAAGAAUCUAUGGGUCACUCAUUGGUGAAUCAGAUUUUUUUUUUUUUUUUUUUUUGAGGCUGUUGAAAUCUCCAGAACUUCUAAGGGAUUUUAAUUUCAGGAAUAUUAUUGAUCCAACAGGGGAAGAAACUUUUUGGUGCUGUCUUACGUUUCUCUGACUUUGCAGAGACUCGUUUCUUACGAUGUUAUUAAUUGGAUGACUGUAGUUUCCUCUUAAGAUUAAUUUCUGUUUGUAUUACUUCUUGUUAUCACACUUAGUACAUACAACAAAAAUGACCUCCUGAGUUGACUCUUGGCUGUGUCCACCAUGAUUGGUGGUGACGUUGGUAGAAAAUAAGAUUCAAUUUGCACCUGGCAAAGAGAAUCCCAGUACUUGACAAAAAAACAGCUGAGGGGAUAUUCAUUCAUCUAUAUUGCAGGAAAUGGGUAUUGAGUGUGGUUUGAGUGUUUUUUUUUUUUUUUUUUUUGAUUGGCGUAGGGCAA